AAAGCAGUCACUGUAUGAAGUAACUUCCUCAUAGUGAGACAGUAUACAUACACUAUUUCACACGAUUCUACGCGUCAUAUAUGGUCACACAUAAUUGCACGCAUAAAGUUCAAUCAGAGUAACAAAUUAAGUAUUGAACAAUAUCACAGACAAACUUGUACUCUAACGUUUUAUGAAUCUUCAUUGAAAUAUCACUAUCAGUCAGUCUGUGAAAUGCACUGAAGUGCAGUUUUUGUGUCAGUGUUGUUAGCUCGGAAAUAUGGUUAUAUUUAGUAUAUGACGACUACAGUGUUUUGGAACACGGAGCACUGCCACUCCCCCGUUAUAUUACUAUAUUUUCUUAAAUAACUGAAUAACUGACAAAAAAUGGAAGAUAUUUUUCAAUGGUGCCGUGAAGGAAACGCGAUGCAAGUGCGAGUUUGGUUGGAUGACACUGAACAUGACAUGAAUCAAGGUGAUGAUCAUGGAUUCAGUCCACUCCACUGGUGCUGCAAAGAGGGACAUUUAAAAUUGGCAGAGUUGCUAGUCAGUAGAGGAGCACGUAUUAAUGCUACAAACAGAGGAGAUGAUACCCCUCUUCAUCUUGCUUCUGCUCAUGGACAUAAGGAAAUUGUUCAAUUGUUACUUAGGAAUCGAGCAGAUGUGAAUGUAACAAAUGAGCAUGGAAAUACUGCUCUUCAUUAUGCUUGCUUUUGGGGUGAUCAAGCAGUUGCCGAAGAAUUAGUGGCUGCUGGUGCUCUUGUAUCCAUUGCAAAUAAAGAUGGUGAUACCCCUUUAGACAAAGCAAGAGGUCAUCUGGCUAAAAGAUUACAUGAUUUGGCUGUAGAAUAUGGACAGGAUUUGAAAAAGAUUCAAUUCAAAGAUCAAAGCUGGUUGGGUUUGAAGACUAGAAGUCGAGAUGCAACACUAUCAAGACACAAAGGAAUAAAUAUGGCAGAUUUAUCCUUACAUACUCAUUUAGCCAGUACACCAAGUGGAGAGACUUGGAGAGGACGUUGGCAAAAUAAUGAUAUCGUGGCAAAAAUCUUGAACAUACGCGAAUGUACGGCACGAAUCUCAAGAGAUUUCAACGAAGAAUUUCCUAAAUUACGAAUCUUUUCGCACCCAAAUGUAUUGCCUGUUCUCGGUUGUGUUAAUCAACCACCUCAAUUGGCGACGGUUUCGCAAUAUAUGGCGCGUGGGAGUUUGCAUCGGCUUUUACAUGGAGGUACAGGUGUCGUUGUUGAUACAGCGCGUGCACUUAGAUUAGCGCUCGAUGUUGCGAGAGCUAUGGCAUUCCUUCAUGGUCUCGAAAGACAAAACAGAUGUAGAUUCCAAUUAAAUAGCAAACAUAUUAUGAUUGACGAAGAUUUAACGGCUCGGGUAAACAUGGCAGAUUCUAAAUUUUCGUUCCAAGAAGUAGGUCGAAUUUACGAACCAGCAUGGAUGUCUCCAGAAGCCUUAAGCAAACGUCCGGCUGAUAUAAAUCUGGAAGCUAGCGAUAUGUGGAGUUUCGCGGUUUUGUUAUGGGAACUUGCGACCAGAGAAGUUCCGUUUGCAGAUCUUUCGCCGAUGGAGUGUGGCAUGAAAAUCGCUUUGGAAGAUUUACGUGUUAGUAUACCUCCAGGAAUCUCACCGCAUCUUGCUAAACUCAUUAGAAUUUGUAUGAACGAAGAUCCGGGAAAACGUCCAUCCUUUGACAUGGUUGUUCCGAUACUCGAUAAAAUGAAGCGUUAAUUUUUGAUACAAUAUUUUUUUUUGUCAAUCCUCAGAUCAUAGAAAAAGGUAUGUCAUUCCCGAAGAAACUUAAUGAACUUAAUUAGCUACUAAAACAUUUCAGAUGUUCAGUGCAGUGCCUCAACAAAAAGAACUGAAUUAUAUUUUUUAUAGAAUUAUAUUUGACGUAACAAUGUGCCUCCAUAAACUUCUUCCACGAUAUUGUAUCUAUAUGCAAUGAGCAUUUUAUUGUUAUCUAUUAUUUAUACAACGUAUAUCAUAUAUCGUUAAUGCUAAUAAUUAUACUCAUAUUUUCUAAGAGAAUAUUAACUUUCAAUUUACAAACAUAUUGCAGUCGGUUUUUCUAAUUGUUAAUUUUAUUUAUAAUAUUGCCAUUUAUCGAAUGUUAUAAAUAUAUAUAUAUAUAUCAGCCUUACUGUUACUUUUUCCAUUAUUUUACUUUAAAUACGGCCAGCAUACGUUGUUCAAAUAGUAGAGACUAGAUUUUUUUUAACAUUUGACAUACUAUUGUACUUUCACAUCAAAAUAAAUAAACUUAUACAGCAGCGUGACUUAAUAA